AUGAUUGAAUGCAAGUGUUGCAAGAAUUUGUUCGGUUUCGCCGCUUCUCGUCCACCAUGUUUUGUAUUCACGGUUUGUCUAGCGGCUUUCGGAAUUGGUUUGUUUUCACUUGGCUAUUUCGUUCAGGUGUAUGGCUGGUUUGACGACGUGGGUGACAUUCAAAACAAGGUAGCUAUUUACUUGAAGUCAGUCAUUUUUAGCUUCGUUUUCGUUGGGCGAAAAGUGCUUGUUUUACAAUAUUAUUGUGAUCCUUCAUUGCAUUGUUUUACGUAAAUUUGAUGCUUUUUCAAAGUUUUCUAAUCUUUACUCCCACUUGACAUCCGUUUAUUUAACAAAAUAUUUUUUGGUGGAGAACUUUUCAAAGACUUCCUUGUUUCUAUUAUGCAUUUUGUUUCAAAAGGUUUAAAGGAUCUGUGAAAGUCUUGGCAAAUUAAGACAUUAUAAUGUUAUUAUAUAUUAUUGUUAUUCAAAAUUGUCUAGACCUAAGGUUAAACAUACAAAACUCUCUAAUGCAGAUACCACCGCGAUGGGUACUUGAUGCCUGUCUCAAGGCUGAUCUACGUUAGCUAUGUUAUUACAUGAUUUAUUGCAUGAGAGAGCCUCAGUUAGUAUCCCGCACAGCUGUUUUUGUCUUUUCAUGCAAUGCUCUUCCCCAAGAAAUGGCUGAUGCUCACAUUCAAGCCACAUUUCUUUCCAAUUGUUUUAUCAGCCCACUGAAAUGAUAAAUUAUUUAUCAGAAACUUGAGAAUGAUACCAGUUUUCGUGCAAAGAUGGAGCCCCUGUGAUUUCCAUUUGUAUGGAGGUGUCAGCUGCAGACCAGGGUACUUUUUUCCUUCUAGAAACAUUGAAUCAAAGAUUGAAGUUAAUCUGUAGCGCAAAUUGAAAGCACACUUGGGACUGAAAGGACUGUAAACAGUACAGUACUUGGUAGAAAAUCUGGAUCAGUAAAUUUUACAUUGCCAGGGUUGUCACUAAGAUUUCAAGUUGCAGGGUAAAUACAACAAGUAGGCAGGGAAUCAAACAGCUAGGAAUUUCUUUUGGUUCUAGUUUUCUUCUACUUUCCUCUGAAAGUAACGGGGGGCCACAUUCAUAGUAGCUGGGGAAAUCCUAGGGCCCCGCCUCUUAAUGACAGCCCUGAUUGCUGCAAUAUUUUUUGGCAAGAAACAGCUGAUUGUUAUGAGAUCACCAGCACUGUCCAUCAGGUUCUGUCAGGUAUAGAAGCAGAUCUGAUAUAUUUCAUCACUCAUGAAUUCAUAAAAAAAGAUUGGAAUUACAAGUAAAGAAAACAAAUACACCAUGUUAAUUGGACAUCAAAUUCAAUUCUUGGCAUGGAUACUGGUUGUCAAUUUGUUGCAAUUUCAAGUCUGUUUCAUUCAUCCUUCAGGACACAUGCCGCAAAUUAUUUUUCAUCUUUGGCAAUUUUUAUGCAUCAGGAACACAGCUGGAGGCAUGGGUAACAAAAUCACUGCAACUCGACACCACACAUGACACAAUUAAAUGCAGGCUAUGAUUGAACGGCAUGUGAGAAAAUAAUUUGUUGCAAAACAGUUCCUGAAAAUGGAACUGUAGCUGUGAUUAACUUAAAUUGGGAAACAAAUGUGGUUUGAAUGUGAGUAGCCAUUUCUUGGGAACAGUGCAGGAAGACUAGAGCUUGAGUCUGGUUACAAUACCAAAUCACCUGUGGAUAUGUUAAUUUUUUUUUCUAAGGGGACUUCUAUUUUUGUAAGAGUUAUUGAGAUCUCCUAAGUAUGGGUCAUGAAACAGGACAGGACUGUGUGACAGAUUGCAAAGCAUUUUCAACUCUUCAAAACAACACAGGGAUACUUUUCAGUUUGGAAGAAGGUUGUUUUUACCUAGAAACGGAGUGAUUUCUUCCGAUAAUUGGAGAUAAAUCUCGCAGAAGUGAUUGGAAUUUAUGGGUUUAGGUACAGACAAGAGUUUGAGCAAUUUUGUCUGCUCUUGCUCAGAUGUCAAGAGCCAGAGGAGAUGUCAGUACUUGACAAAUACUUUUCGGGGUAUGGGUAUGCUUGGAAUUGACUGAGCCAUUAUGAUGACUAGGCAACCAAAUCUCUCAAAACAAUGAAAACCGUAACAGCCUGCGAGCAAGCUCUCCAUUAAAGGGAUACCAAGAGAAGUCAUGUGCAAAUGGCACGCAAAAGGAGAUGCAGGAACAAGGUGUGGGGAAAGAAAGUGAGAGCUUGUCGUUUCCUCUCUCCUUCAGAGCUUUGCCACUCACUCACGCGUUUACUUGCCACUCGAAAUGGAGAGUUUGCUCCCAGUUCAUAACAUUUCUUUGUAGUCAUGCUUAUUUGCUAUUCGGUGAGCCAGUUUACGUUUGGAAUUCCGAGGAAAAAUUCAAGCUAUUUACAUACUAAGCAACGUCCACUAUGGCUGCACAUCUCCUUUUUCAACCAUUUCAACCAACCCUUAAUAACUCACACUGUCUUGUCUGACACGAAAAAUCCUGUCACAUACUGGUAUGUGUAAUACGACGACGCCCAAGUGUAUGCCCUCUUAGUGUCUUGUUUGACUUUUCUGCCAACCAUAUAAAAUAGUUCUUUAAAUUCAGUUUUGGAUAUUUGUCUUGCCACCAGCUAGAAAAAUGACGUGUUUUAAACUCUGCAUGCUCUGCAAGGCCCUCAGGUUCUUGCUUUGCAAGGAAUAACAUAUUUAUCGUAGUAUAUUGUUUGUUUUCCAAUAUAUAUUGACAUUUCUUUUUUUUUGCAGGAGUGGCACUCUUUUCUCAAUCACCUGGCCUCCUCUGAGUUUUGCAUUUUUGGAAACCAAACCUUAAGAAAUGCCACUUCUUUAAACUCAACCAACAUGACAGCACCUACCCCUGCUGGUUUUACCACUGUGACCAUCCCAGUACUGGAUCUGUCUAUCACGCCCUCCAAAGGGUUUGGUGGAGUGGUCAACAAUGUCACCCACGUAACAGUGGAAAUGCCAGCCACAGAACUGGGGCUAACAGGUUUGCAGUACAUUCAUACUGUAAAGUUUGCAAACUAAUCAUUUAUGUUUGUCUCUAUCAAUAUUAUAUUCUGCAUUUUUCCCAAGAUGAGGAAAGUCAUCUCUCCUUGCUCUUCACAUUUUGGGGAUGUUUUGCAUGCAUCAAUCUGCCCUUCAGUGACAGAAAAUCCAUACUCAUGAUGUAAAAUCUGUCCAGAACAUGGUCAGGAGCUCUGGCUGGUUAACAUCAUAAUUAUUGUAUAUUGUCUUUGGUAUUAAUUGCGAAUGUCAGACAAAAGGCAAAAGGCCACACAAAGGUGAAAUGUAAACAUGAUAAAAUUAAUGUUCUACAAAAUAUCCACUAUUAGUGGAGUAUUCAAGACUGCUGCCUAUUAAAUGGGUGGCCAGUCUCCAGAGGCGCCUACAAUUUGCUCGCGGGCAACCAAAAUUUCAAACAAGGAGCCCAAACGGGUGACUAAAAUUCUCAGGCUAACUUCCAGUGAACGAAGGACAUUAAAAAUUCCCUGUUCAUUCUGCACUUCUGAAACCAAAAUGGAAAAUGUUCGUCAUCGGCCGUAGGCAAAAAAAUAUUUCCGCCAAAAUAAAGGUAAACAGACAAUUAAGCACUUGUUUUGAAAUUUAUCUUGGGAGCCCAAAGGGCUCCCAAAAAAGUUUUGUAGGCAGCAGCCUUCAGUAUAUAGCAUUUAAGUUUUGCUGAGGCCCAUUCACAGAAGAACUCAAACCUUUACCAUAAUAGACCAGGUCAAACUCAUGCAAAUUUACUUUUGGAACCCCAUAACUGCUAGAUUUUUAAUUAUGUGAACAUUUAGUUACUUCAUCAGUAUGGAAAUUCUGUCAUUGAGGCACCCUCAUCUCUCCUGCCAAACAUCCUUAUAAGUAGCAAGGAGCUAGGAGGGUUGGUGUUUCGUAGGCAAGGGGACAGCUGUUUCUUCUUUCUCACUCCAUUUCCCCCCCCCUCCACCCAGCUCUAAUGCUCCUUGCACUCACUUUCUGACACUGAUUUUUUCUUUCUUAAUACCAAUUGGCGAUGAGAAAAUUGAAUGGCUGUGAACAGGCCGUGAACAAGGGCUUGAUUUCUCUUUCUUCCUCUUCCCAUCCACUUGCUCCCAUUUUUUAUGCCUUUUUACACCCCACACUUUUAUAGAUGCUGAUAUUUAAAGAAAGCAACUUCUGUCUGGGUCAUCACCCUAUAAAGUUGUAAGUGUUUAUCUAAAGCUUCAAUGAGCCAUUUGUAGCUAAACAGUCCUAUGGUACAAAAUUGCCUUGCUGGAGAGAAAAUGACACAGUGGUAUGUUCAAGGAGUGAAGCUUUGCGGAGAAAUGGUGGUGCAGUGUUGAGAGCACUCACCUCCUACCAAUGUGCCCUGGGUUGAAAUCCUGGCAUCGACGCCAUAUGUAGGUUAGAUUUGUUGUUGCUUCUCUUCAUUGCUCAGAGACACUUUUCUCCGGGCACUCUGGUUAUCCCCAUAAUGUUUUGAUGGCUCAAUUGUCAUUAAUACCGUGUUUUUUUCCCCUCAAAAAUCAACAUUUCCAUUUCCAGAUUCCCGUUUGACCAGGGUUGGGAGACUAAGAACCACUUUGUGCAUGUGCUACCUCUACGUCAUGAUUUAUUUAUUAUUUGUUAAUUAUUUUUUAAGUUAUGUAAUUUUGUUGUUUUUCUUGGCCCACUGCAUCUCUUGCCCUCCAGCUGGCAAGGUGUCUUGUCCCUCUUGACUGUUUAGCUACAAAGGGCCUAUUCAUAUUAUGUUAUUGCUUCGUCUUCCAGGGCCCUGGGGUAACUUUAUGGUAAACAUGACAUUAACUCUCAGUCAGCCAUGGACCAUGGGUAGGUGCAUUAAAUGUCAUUUGUAAAUUACUGAAAUUUUAUUGUGUGGUAAACAUCUGUGGUGUGAUUAAAUAGCACUCAUUAACCGAGAGUGAGGUCAUUACAGGGAAAUCUCAGACCGAGGCCUCGAUGUAUUAGAGAGGUCAAUACUUCAAGGUCGGGGCCUGAGAUUUCCCUGUACUGAGCCAAAGGACAAGGUAAAUAAGUUAUCAAUAUUUCAGUGUUCUGGCCAGAGCGCGCCAUUGUGGGAAUCCCGCAAAACAUCGAGAGAUGGCCGCCACCAAAAGCGUUCAAGGGCCAUUAUGGCCCUUUCCUUUUUUAAUUGCGUGGACUUAAAAUGGUCUCUGUUACUUCAACUACAAUAAUUUUCCAAUUAAACAGAAUUUUUAAUCUAAAGAACAAUGACUCCGUACCUUUGUACACAACAUGAAAAUCAAUCGAUGAAUCUUCUUGAGUUUACCUGAUUUACCGUGAGUGGUCUGGAGACCACUAAGCCCCGACUUGGCUUUUGUAAUAUCUCACAAGAUCAUGGGUAUCCAUCAUAGUGUCUCGAAAAAGGAUGAACCUGACAAACACAUCUUCGAGGUCUAUCAAAAGGUUUUUCUCAGAAGUAACGAAAAAGUGGAUGGAGACGAAGCAGUUCAGAAUAAGCGAAUGAAAGCAGAUCUUGACCGUGAAGUGGAAAAUGAGAUGAAAAAAAUUACUUGCUAUUUUUAUUGCAUACAUUCUGAUUGUACUGUUUGCUUUAUUACCGAAGAUUUCCUCUAUUGUGUAUAAAAAGGGACGCUCCAUGUCACCUUCCUUAACUUUCCAACUGCUUCUUCUCUUUUGCAUAUUAGAGAGAUACUGGUACACUGGCCCUUUCUUGAAAUAUCUGGCCCCCAAAAAUGGGUUGUAGGGGCCACUUUGGCCUUCAAGCGCAAUUUUCUGGCUGGAACACUGAUAUUUGGCCUUUUUAGCACUAUUAUUGUAAAACACCCGGAAAUAAUUGUGCCAGAGAUCAUAUAUGAUAAUAAUGAGUUUACUAAAACAACAAGUGGUCAGCAAAUAACUUUAAGAAAACAAGUCACCUCAGUGAGGUGUACCCUUGAACCCAUGAUACAGUCAUGUGACACUGGUCAGUGGAUUUUUUUUUGACUCUGUCAAUUGACCAUAAUAUGAAUGUCCAUUAGCAAGUUAAACAUAGCUUGUUUAUGCCUUGGACACCAAGGUAAUAAUGUCCGGUGAUUACAAGGAAAUCUAGCCCAGUCAGCAGCCAAUCAGAUUGAGGGUGUGUAAUAUUGUAGCCUGUGUACAGACGUCCCCUCCUCCCUCAGGAAAAUAUUGGGAGAGGAGACGUCUGUGAAUGGCCGACAAUAAUCGUCUUCCUGUUGCCCCGGAAUGUUGGGGACAGCCUCUGAUUGGCUGUAAUGUUGAUGUCAUGACGCAAAUAAUUUCCGGUGUUGUGAUUGGUGAAUGAAACUCAGAAUAGAUUCCCCAGGGAAAAGCUCAGCCUUUGUGGACAUUCAUAUUUGUUUACCAGUAUUUGUAUUUUGGCUCUCUCGAAAAGGCAUGAGAAGUUAAGACGACCGAUGUUUGCUGCACCGGUUGCAGAUGCGUCUGUCUGUACUGGUCGGUAUUGCAAAUAAAAGAGAAGGCAUGCAAAAUCCAAUGUUAACAGCCAAGGCAGGUCAAGCUUACCCCAAAAAGAUUGUAUUCAUGAAUUUAUUAUUUGAAAAAAUGAAUCCGUUAGUUGUUUCCUUAACUGGUGUCAAAUUUAAUUCAGCAUUCCUGUAUGCAUAAUGAGCGGUGAAUAUGUUAAGAGAACUUCUCUGCAUUUGGUCAGAUUGAAAACCUUUGAAUGGGUUAAAUGUUUUAGAAGACAUUUACAUCAAAUUCAGGGAAACAGAGCUUGUAGAAAUUUAGUAACUAAAUCGCGUGUGAUUUCACGGCUCAUUACGCAUGCAAAAAUGCGCACAGAGAUGAAUCUGAAAUCUACAACUAACAACGGUUCAACUUAAUUUCGAAUAAUAAAUACAUUAAUGGCUCUUGGGAGGUACGCUUGACCCGGCUUGACUGUAGUCAAAGAUCUCAUAUCUGGAUUUUUGGGUGGACAUUGCGUGAAGAUGUUCGGCUAGCCUGUGCACAGACGCUAGAGCUAUUUUUCGACCUACUUGUGCCUUUUCAACUGUCAGCGAAAGAACAAAAAAAUAAUUUAUGCAAAUGUAUACCGGAACACGAUUAACGACGGCAAUUCACAGACGUCUCCUCUCCCGAUUUUUCCUGAGGGAGUGGGGACGUCUGUACACAGGCUAGUAAUAUUGUAGACAUAUAAUUCUCAUCUUUGCAGAUUGCCAGGAAAAUAUGUGCAAAUCAGUUUAUGUUGAGACAUGCGCGUCAGUGACAGUUCCCAAUGACAUUGUUCCACAACAUCUGAUGUAAGUGAAACCCAAUCAUUGCUUCACAUAUUAGAGCAAAAAUAGAUCAAAAUAUUUGGAGAUAGUAUAUUGCCUAGAGGUUUAGUGCACUGGAUUUCGACUUUGUUACCCCAGAUUCAUUUACUGCUCUGGCCAAUAGCUGUGGUUUUUCCUGGUAUGGUCCUGAGUCAACUCUUCAGUCCUGCUUGUGGGUAACUGAAAGCAUUUUCAUUUUUAGGCCAUGUUUCAUCCAGUUGUUUGCCGCACCAUGUUUCCUACUUUGAUACCACAUACCGUAAAAUUGCAGUUUAUAUAUAUAAGCCCCGGGCUUAUACAACUUCAUAAGUGAUUUUGGGUGGGCUUAUAUCUGAAGGGUGGGGGGCUUAUAAGCAGAAUAAAAAAAAGAAAACAUUUCAAAAUGAGCCACAGUGGUGUUGAUGGAAAUACGUUUUUAAUUUAAUAAUUUUUAAUGAAGCUUUCAAGCCUCAUAAAUCGAAUGCAUUUCAAUUUUAGGCACAAAAUCAAAAGUUAAUAACAUGAACAUAACCGGAACACGACAAACCAGAAGCUCAGUGUUCACCUUCGCUGUCAUUGUCAAAAAUUUGUAAUGUCUAGUUCAUGGCAGCGAGGCUUCCUGCACUUAAUUCUCUCAGUUAAUUUGACAUUGUCCUAGUUUACUUCAGAAAAAGUUAUUUUCCAUUACUACUGUACUGCAGCAGUGCAUUUUUAAUUAAACUCCAUUUCUGCUUAUAAAAGUUGCCUGCUAAAAACUGUUUAUUUUAUUGUAGGUCUAAAAGCGCUUGCAACAUGUCCUCAGAAGAUGUUAGCAUUGUACAAAUGAACAAUGUAAAAAGGCAUGCAACAACAGUGCAUCAGGAUGAUCAGCAAUGUAUCAAUGGAAUCAAAGCUGAAACGACUUUACCACUGAAUGAUCAUAAGUCUCCAACUGGGACUAUGUCCUUGGUAAGCUCUCCAAAACGAGGCUGUGCUCUAGUAGCCCCUGGUGGCCCCUGCAGCUUCACUUUUGCUCCCAGGGGACUAGGACUAGAAAAUCUUGUUUUUUUAUAGAAACAAUCUGGUGGGCUCCCUGGAUUUUACAUGUUCAGAGCAUUGGACUCCUUUCAGUUUUUUCUCAGAGCACAGCCCUGCCAAAAGCUGACCUUUAAGUUUGUUUGUAUAGCUUUGUGCUUCCACAAAGGAAGCAGGGGGGAAGGGCUGGGAUUCUUGUGCAACUAGGUACAUUAGGUCACUGUGGCUCCUUUCAGGGGCUAAUGUAAGCAAUGCCUUACUUAUUACAACCCAUUUUCUCAGAAAUCCACAGUGUGCACAUGCAACAAUUAAAGAACAAAUUAAUCCAUCAUCGCCCCGUUUCCAUUGUCGGUCUGGUCUCCCAUAAACUCUCCUUGAUAUAGCAUGUGAUAAUUAUAUUUUAAAACUGGGCACUUAUGAAAAGGUACAGGUUAUUUUCUGUGUACCGUCAGAUUGCUAAUUAAUAUUUUCCUUCAGGCUGAUGCAUCAGCUGUAAACUUAAGGCUUCAAUAUUCCAGUUACUUCUUGUUCGUGUUGGUCAUCACCUGUAUUCUUUAUGGAAUGAUUAAAGGAAGACCAGGCAAACAGAAUUUCAACAAAAAGGUAUCAGCACUUUAAAUGUAAAACAUGAAAAUGAUAAAAUGAUAUACUACUUACUAGACAAAUAAAUGGGGAUGUUCAUGCACGAGGUAGUGUUUUAACAAUGAGGAAAAUUUAGUGAGGAGUGGCUUAUAGCCAGUAUUUUUUGUGGGUAUUCUGUAUUUCCUAAAAGCUCUGAUGACAAGUAAAAAUCACUGUCUAGUUGUCACGGAAGUGGGAUAAUAAUUUUGUUGGAUAAUUAUUCACCAUUGUGUGAUAAAAAACAAACUUAUGGUAAACUAAAUGUCAAGUAAAUAUGGGUAAAUUUAAAAGGUGCCAAUCUGAAAUAAGGAAACUGAACUUGUAGGAGUCAAUCUCUUAGAAGUGUUCAUGAGGCGUGUUGAUCUCAAUCUCUUUGUAAAAUCUUAAGUGUCUUAAAAUGUUAAUGCUUUGUGAGUAAUUUGCCAAUUAUUUUUGCCAUUAGUGUGUAAAUUGCGUUUUGUGUUGUCUACGUUGAAUGACUACAGCCUUAUUCAUUUAUUGUAUGAUUUUGAUUUUAAGUUCAACCGUACAUUUGCUGUAAGUCAUGUAGGGUUGUGAGAGUGUUUUACGUGACUGUGUACAGUAAUGUUAAAUUACUGUCAACACUAUAUAUAGCAAAAACGCUGUUGGGGUCAACCUAUGCAUGGUUCAAUUCUACCUGUUAUCAUCUGCCCCCCUCCAGGCAUACCCCUGAGAAACUGCCAUUUUUUUUGUUAAUUAUUGGUGGUCUAUUCCUCUUCCCUCAGGGCUCCUUAUGAGUUAUUGAUCACACAGUCAUUGUUUUGGGUAUAACGUGUAGAUGACAUCAUUGAUUUCCAUUCAAUAGCAAACAAGAUGUUUUAAGACGAACUGAAAUGUUUUUCUAGAGUUUAUUUAACAGGGUAUUUAUUCAUGUGUAUUAUGGGAGAAACAUGAACAGUGUAUUUGAAAAAGAAAAGUGAAGAAAGAAACUCUCAAAGCACUUCCUCAAAUGAAAGAAGCUUACAACCAGCAGACAGAACAGUAAUAGUACAUUUAUAAUGGUGCAAUCAUAAACCUACCCGCAAAAACAUUUUGAGAUAGAGGUUAUUCUUCUCUGAACCAGUCUGCUACAAAUUCUUGAGAUUUCCCCUGGGAAUAAACAGUCUUGGGGGUCUUCUCCAUAUGUUCCAUCAUGUUCACUGAGCAAUGAAAAACUUCACAAGAACAACUAGAAGUUAUUUUUGAUUUGCCCUGCCCUUCCCCCAGCUAGCCUGAAUUUCAUCCGAUUACUGCGAGUCGUUAUUACUCCCUCAGUAACGUUUGAAUCGACCGGUCGUUAAUGCUGUCCAGUGACGUCACUACUCCUUGACCUUCGCUUUAAUUCAUGCAAAAAGUAAAACACGAUUUUCAAGUGGCAAACCGAGAAGUAUUGUUUGGAAAUGUCUGCAUGAUACAUAACUGCUUUAUUUUUUUCGAUCAUAAUUCAUGUUUAACUUUUAAACUAUAAACUGCAUGCAGUACAACUCUGAACCGGUUGUCUGGUUGUACUAAAUUCUGUAAUCAAACUCGGUCGCAAUGACGGAAGGAAAUAAACACACACACGGAACACUUAGUUCAAAAACACAAUUAAAAUUGAAAAGCAGCUAUUUGGUCCUUAACGAAGAAAAAAAACAAGGAGACACGAAAGAAAAGCUAACAGAAUCAUUACACUUGACGGUAAAAAUAGCAAGAAGGUCGAAUUAUAACAUUGAUCUCAGAAAACUUCGCGUAAACAAAAUCAUCAGCUGCCGAAACCACAAAGCGGCUCUAAAUGCAAAACCUACCGACUCUCCGCAAUGAUUCUUCAUUCGCAGUUCAAUUUAGCAUUUCAGUUUCGAAGACAAGGCCAAUUUUGCUGUUUAAGAUAAAGAUUAGGCUUAUCGAAAUGUUUGAACUAAACGAAAGAAUGCCAGGGAUGCGAUCCGCUGAAUAUUAAGCGACAAUCCCGCUAAAAUUUUUCAUAAUUGUACAUAAUUAUGCGAAUGUUUAGACAAUCAACCAAUCAAAAUCACUAGCCGGUUUUCGGGUAGUGAGUGACGUCACUGGACGGCAUUAACGGCCGGUCGAUUCAGACGUUGUUGAGAGGAGAAAACGACUUGAAGCAAUUGGAUGAAUUUUCAAUUUCAUUCCCCCAGCCCCCUUAACUGGAUCACAUGUUAGGAUUCCCCACCCAUGGAACCAAAGGGUUGGACUUGGUGCGGGGUUUGCCUGGGUAGGGAAUGGUAGGAGGUACAAUAUUGAACCAUACUUAACAUUGGGAGGAGUGUCAUUAAGAUUUCAAGUUACUGGGUAUGUGCAAUUAGUAGGUGGGGAAUUGACCUUGGGGGAGGGCUCCCAUUUGAAAGGGGCGGGAGUGCUUGUCAGAAAUUUUGAAUUAAAAUCCUAAAGGAGACCAAUCUGGGCGUGGCCCAACCUAUUUUUGACCCCUAAAAGAGACCAUUUGAAACUUUGAUUACAUGAAUCGAGUAAAUAAAAGGAAUUUAAAAUAUAUAAUUUUUUAAUAUUGUUUCAUGUGCAACCCUUUUAUAAAAGGAGUCCUUUACGGCUAAAUAUAAUCCAUGGCGUUUUUCUCAGAACCUCCUAAGUGAGACCAAAAUCCGAAAUUUACACCCCUAAGCGAGAUGACAAGUAUCCCCGCCGCUUUCAGAUGGGAGUCCCCUCCCCCUGGGGGAAUUGAACAGCAAGGAAUAACUCCACCUUAUGGCUAGAACAGGGCUUGAACUUGUAACCUCAGGUGACCACUUGCUCUUAGCCUGUGAAAAAACUAUCUAGCUUUCUCUUUAUUCGAUACCCAACAAGAGAACCUCAGUGUUAAACUCACUUUGAACUUCUUAAAUGGCAUUUCGUUUGGUUGUGUGCAGGAACAACCCUGACCCGAGUUGUUGAAAAGGUGGAUAAUGCUUUCCUCUGGAUAACACAUUAUUAACUGGUUGGUCAGUUGGUGUCUCUAAAUACUUAUCAACUGGAUAGUUAUUAAUAAAUGAGUAUCAGGUGGACUGCACUAUCCACCUUUUGAACAACUGGUGCGUGAACUGUAAACCUUUGUUGUCCCUUCCUAAUACUUUCUGUUUUCUCUUUAAUACAGGGAAGCCUUCCCUUGUGAUAUACAUGAAACUGUCAUGCAAGGAUCGAUGAACAUCACCUGGCAAAGUUACCUGGUCAUAUCCAUCGCGUAGUUGGUUAUUUUCGUUGAAGAAACCCAAAAAGAGUAGAACCUCAGUUGUAAAUAACCUUUAAAUUAUUUUAAGUUUUGAGAAAAAUUCAUCGGUGCAGUGUUACUUGAUUUCCCGAAGUAAAUAAUCCUUUGCGUAUGGGAUGCACUCCGGA